CACACCGUCCAUCCAUUUUGACGGAGCCCUAGAAGAUGCAGAUUGAAGGAUCAGGGUCCGACCGGACGGGUGAACCCGCGAGUAGGAUUUUAGCCCGACUCGAAUGCUACUAGCGCGAGUCCCCUUGGCAGUCCCUGGCCUCUUUUGGCGGACAUGCACCUCAACGCAUUUGCAGAGCGGCGACGGCCAUUUCAAAACAGGCAGCAAAUAUCCGUAUUUGAAAUCUCUCUCUCUCUCUCUCUCUCUCUCUCUCUCUCUCUCGCACGCGAUUGCGUGAGAAAGAGAAAAGAUGGCAAAGGGCAUUCAUGGCCAAAAUCUUCCAGCAGACGUCAGCAAUUUGAUCGAGCAGCUAGAACGCCAUUGCCUCGCUCCUGAUGGAUCCAACGUCUCCAAAUCCGCCUACUACGAUCUCCAACAGGCGAGGGAGGAGAUGUCAAGGGAGAGACUCCGCUAUUUGGAAGCGAUGGCCAUAUACUGUGAGGCAGUUGCGAUGGUGGAAGAAUAUCAACAAGCAGCAAAUCUUGGUGGGAGUCUUCAGGGUCUCUAUCCGCAUCUGGGCUUGAAGAGCUCCCCUCAGGUGUAUGAAUCCCUUGAGCGUCGACUUGUAGUUGCAGAGGCAGCUCAAAGAUUGAGACUCCCUCUCCUUUCUAAAGAUGGCGAAAUUCAUGAGGAAGACAUAGAAAAGUGGAGCAUAAUGUCAAGGAGUUCUCUUGAUAGUACAAGCACCAGUAUCACAAUAAUUUCAAGCUCUAAUUCAACAAAUUGCAGCAAUAGUUUGCCUAAUAGCAAUGCUGUGGCUAACAGCAGUCUUCCUCCUGCUUCUGAUGCUACGGAACCUGGAGUUGGUGGUGUGCCAAAUAGAUUUCUCGGAGUCACUCCUGAUUUCCUAUGGCAAGUGCAGCUCCAUCAAACCCCCCUUGUUGUGGACACAACAGAGUAUCAAAAGUCACUGGCACGUGAGAUGGAGGCUCGCUUGAAAGCAAAAUGUGAUAAGUUAGGUGAUGCCUUUGUAAUGGAUGAAAUAGACUCUUCUUCCAUAAGUCAAUUUCCGAGUCGUCUUCCAGAAAGGGUAAAGUUAAUUAUUGAAGAGAUCGAAAGGGAAGAGGCAGCUUUGCGAGAGGAUCUCUAUUCGGCAGAUAGGAAGUUCGCAGAAUACUAUAAUGUCCUGGAGCAAAUUCUUGGGGUGCUUAUUAAACUUGUCAAGGAUUUGAAGCUGCAACACCAACACCAAUAUGAUGAACUAAAGAAAACUUGGCUGUGCAAAAGGUGUGAGACAAUGAAUGCCAAAUUGAGGGUUCUGGAGCAUAUUCUCUUGCGUGACACUUACACUCCAGAUUCAAUACCGGCUCUCCAUACGAUUAGGAAGUAUCUCGUGGAGGCUACUGAAGAAGCAUCCAUUGCUUACAAUAAAGCGGUUACACGUCUUCGAGAGUAUCAAGGUGUUGAUCCACACUUUGAUACAAUUGCCCGGCAGUACCAUGAUAUUGUAAAGAAAUUGGAAGGUAUGCAAUGGACAAUUCACCAAGUUGAGAUGGAUCUAAAACGCUCGCUGGAGGACCCAUCUGUGUAAACCUUGCUGCUCAAUCCUUUAUUGGCCUAAAGCUUGAUGCCAUGGUAGAUUUCAUCAGACCCACUUGAAAGUUUCUCAUCUGUUCCUUCCACAUCCCAUGUAUGUCUAUCAGUAGGGGAUGCCAACAGCCUGAGCCUGGCCCAUAUUUGUGCCUGAAAUUUGGUCUGGCCCUCAUACAUGAAAGUUAGCCCCAAGCUUGGGCCAUUGAGACUAUAAACAGGCUGAAAAUCAAGCUUCGGGCCGAGCAUCGACUAUGUUGAAAAAUCUAGUUUCAAUCCCGAUUCCGAAGCCCUAUUCUUCAUUUGUCAGGCAGGUCUGAUCAUGGUUUUAAUUAUCGGACAAAACUGAGUGGGCAUUGACUUCUGUGAAUUCUAAGACAGACUGAAAUGAGUUACUGACCGAAACUUGUGGUUAAAACCAUGGGUCCUGAGUCCAGCCUACACCCCUAAAGAUAAGACCCAUUCGCAGCUCAUGGCAGGCUGGUCUUGGGAGCCUGAUGGGCCUCCUAAGGCCAUUUACAGGCCUAUCCCUGCAUUAUGAUAACCUGUUGGUAAGUUGUCCCGAACAAUGAAGAAUCGAUGUGGUGAUCAAACCAAUGAAGCUGUCAGUUCUGUUCAAACAGGUUGGACUUCAUUUGAACCGUGACAUCAUUGCCAUUCCGUAGAUAAUAUGUCCAGUUUCUUUCUUUUUCUUUUAUUUUCUUUCUUGAAUAAGUAAUAAUAUUUUUGGCUUCUAAAAUAUUGAUCCUGAAAAAUGAUAUGUAGCCAACCCCAACUGGUACAUAGGGAGCUGUAAAAACUGCCAUAUAAAAGCAACUUGCUUCUGUAAA